AUGGCGGACAAAGCAAGUAAAAGUCUGAUAAUAUAUGGUGAUGGAUGUGUUAAGCAAAUCUCAUCAUCACACAUUCAUCUUCAUCAUCUCGUUUCUCGAGGUUGCUCUGGAUUCUUAUCUCUCGCUCAGUCACCUAAUGCAGAAAGUGAGGAUGAGAGAGUGGUUAGAGAAUUGGCGCAACUAUUAGAUGCUUUUGAUUCCACAUUAUCAAAUUGUAGGUUUAUGGGGUUGAAAGCUGCUAUUGUAUCCACAAAUUCAAAUGUGAAGUCUUUUGGAAGAUAUCUUGGUUUCACUGUAUUAGAAUUUGACGACUUGACUAAGGACAAGCCUUCUUUUGAUGAACCACUAUCCUGUGAGUUGCUAAAAUUGCUAGGCUUUCAUGGAGGUGAGACAUUAGAAACAAGCGAGUUUGAUUUAGUGUUUCUGCAUCUUGGAUGCAAAUGUAUCAAUUCGUUGGUUGGUGGGAUAUUGCAAAUAGCACAACCUGGAUCAGAAAUCGGUUCCCGUUUACACUUAUCUGUAGUCAUGAGCUGUGGAGCUUCAGUAGAUGAUGAAGAUAGCAGUUUAUUACAGUUGAACUCACUAAAGGAAAACUCAAAUCUUUCCUUGCUUUUCCCUCGUCAAAGUUACACACACCAUGAAGGGAGCUGCAGGCACCAUUCUCCGAUGCUAAUCACACAAUGGCAGGAAGCUGUAACCCGGAAAGAUAUGGCUGAGAUAUUUUCUUUCCAAGAUAUCAAGGAGAAAGGAGGGAAUCUCGUCAUACCAGCGGAUCGGUUUCUGCAUGAGGUUGCAUUCAAGCUUUGGAAAGCCCCAAAAUAUGGAGCAUGA